GAGGAUAGUCCACUGAAGCUUACGAGUGUCGGAGAGCCAUCUUCCCUAUCGGGCAGAGAAAGAGAGUGAAGGGGGGACCGAGGACACAAUUUGGGGAUCCCGGCUUCUUUAGGUGGCACAAAGACAGUGCAGGAAACCGGCACGGACACUGGUGUGAUUCUGCAGAACAGAGUGUUUUAUUCAUGUCAAGACAAGGAUGUGACGGGAACUUGUGGAAGAUCGAGCGAACGAAAGACAAGCUUUUGAAAAUACAAAGGAAGAGAAAUACGAGAGGCAACUACAGUUGGUGUAUUGGAUAGGAUUAUGACCACUGGGUUACACGGCGAAUGGUUUUGAUACAUAAUUAUUACAGGGUUCACAGUCCUUAGUUUGCCUAGUCGUACUCCGCGGAUGUAAUGGAACUAAUGUUCGCGGAGUGGGAAGACGGAGAGCGAUUCUCCUUCGAAGACUCCGACCGGUUUGAGGAGGACUCGCUCUGCUCCUUCAUAUCGGAGGCAGAAAGUCUCUGUCAGAAUUGGAGAGGGUGGAGAAAACAGUCCGCUGGGCCCAAUUCUCCUACAGUAAAGAUCAAAGAUGGUCAGGUAAUCCCUCUGGUGGAGCUGUCUGCCAAGCAGGUAGCGUUCCACAUCCCAUUUGAGGUGGUGGAGAAGGUGUACCCCCCUGUGCCAGAGCAGCUGCAGCUUCGCAUUGCCUACUGGAGCUUUCCAGAAAAUGAGGAAGACAUCAGGCUCUACUCCUGUCUGGCCAAUGGGAGUCCAGAUGAAUUUCAACGAGGGGAACAGCUCUACAGGAUAAAGGCCGUGAGAGAUCCCCUGCAGAUUGGCUUCCAUCUCAGCGCCACCGUGGUGUCUCAGCAGGCCGGCCAGUCCAAGGGUGCCUACAACGUGGCCGUAAUGUUCGACCGCUGCCGCAUCACUUCCUGCAGCUGCACCUGUGGCGCUGGGGCCAAGUGGUGCGCCCAUGUGGUGGCCCUCUGCCUCUUCCGCAUCCACAACGCCUCCGCUGUGUGUCUGCGAGCGCCGGUGUCCGAGUCGCUGUCCAGGCUGCAGAGGGACCAGCUGCAGAAGUUUGCCCAGUACCUCAUCAGUGAGCUUCCGCAACAGAUAUUGCCCACAGCACAGAGGCUUCUGGAUGAACUCCUGUCCUCUCAGUCUACUGCCAUCAACACAGUGUGUGGAGCCCCAGAUCCCACAGCCGGACCUUCCGCCUCAGAUCAGAGCACCUGGUACCUGGACGAGUCCACGCUCAGCGACAACAUCAAGAAAACGCUGCACAAGUUCUGUGGCCCCUCACCAGUAGUAUUUAGUGAUGUGAACUCCAUGUACCUGUCGUCCACCGAGCCCCCGGCUGCAGCAGAGUGGGCCUGCCUGUUACGGCCACUGAGGGGGCGGGAGCCCGAGGGCAUCUGGAACCUUCUGUCCAUCGUCAGGGAGAUGUUUAAGAGGAGGGACAGCAACGCCGCGCCCCUGCUGGAGAUACUCACAGAGCAGUGUCUCACUUAUGAGCAGAUCAUUGGCUGGUGGUACAGCGUGCGUACCUCGGCCUCCCAUAGCAGUGCCAGUGGGCACACGGGCCGCAGUAACGGCCAGACGGAGGUGGCGGCGCACGCCUGCGCCAGCAUGUGUGACGAGAUGGUGGUGCUGUGGAGGCUGGCCGUGCUCGACCCCACCAUGAGCCCGCAGAGACGCCUGGAGCUUGCCGCCCAGCUCAAGCAGUGGCACCUGAAAGUGAUAGAGAUCGUCAAGCGCGGUCAGCAUCGCAAGUCCCUGGACAAGCUCUUCCAGGGCUUCAAGCCAGCCGUGGAGUCCUGCUACUUCAACUGGGAGGUGGCCUACCCGCUGCCUGGCAUCACCUACUCCAGCACCGACAAGAAGAGCGCCUCCUUCUGCUGGGCUCGGGCAGUGCAGCAGCAGCGCGGCGCCAAGGCCGGCCUGAGUGGGGACCAGCAGGAGCCCGGAGGAGGGGGAAGGGCAGUGGGGUGUGACGGGGGCUCGUACGACCACAAACCGCGCAGCGGCUACCAGCCCCAGCAGGAAGUGGCCGUCCGACCCAAGGAGACCAUCGUGAGCAAGAGGAAAGGUCUGUCGGCCGUGGGAGGGCCCGGGGUUAUGAUGCGUCUGGGAGGGGGCGUGUCUCUCGCUCUGGAGGGCGAGGGGAAGGGCGUGUACAAGACGGUGGCCUCUUCCUCCUCGGGGAGCAAAGCCAAACUGGCGCAGGGCGGGAAGGUGUCCGGUGGAGGAGGAGGAGGUGGAGGAGGAGGAGGAGGAGGAGGAGGUGGUGGUGGUGGAGGAGGUGGGGGAAGCGGGGGCAAGCACCCCAGCGCCAAGCGCCGGACCAGCAGCGAGGACAGCUCCCUGGAGCCCGACAUGGCCGAGCUGAGCCUGGACGACGGCUCCAGCCUGGCGCUGGGCGCAGAGGCCAGCAACACCAACAGCUUCGACUUCCUGCCGCCGCCGCCCGAGAUGCUGCCCUCGCCCAGCCCGCUGCUCCGAGAGCCGCGCAAGUACGGGGGCAGUGGUGGCGGCAGCGGCAGUGGUGGAAGCAGCUCGUCCAAGGAGCGGGUCUUCGAGGGCAAGCGCGUCUCCCAUGCCCCUGUGCCACCCGCAGCCGAGGUGCCCGCGUUCUCGAAGGAGCGCGCUCUGCCUGGGGCUGCUGCUUCUGCCACCGCCGCUGCGGCCGCUGGGGUGCCCGCCGCCGAUAAGGAAGUGGAGGUGGAGGCCGAGCUUGAGGAGAACGGGGGCGAGGAUGACGGCCUGGCGGAUGACGCCCGGCCUUCCACCUCCGCUGCCACCGCCGCCGCCGCGGCGACUCCGAAUCUCCCUGCCCCCGUCACGGGCAAGCCGCCGCGAGGGGCCCGCAGGGAAGGAGAGGCCAGCGGGGCCACGGCCGGACCCCCGGGCCCUGAGGGAGCAGGAGCGGCGGCUGGAGGAGCCGGUGGCGGAGACCCAAUCGGGGAGGACGACUACCAGGCCUACUACCUGAGCGCCGCCUCGGAGGAGGGAGGGGACCGCGGCGCCCCUGACAACAAUCACGAGGAGGAGCCGGACAUCUUCGCCGGCAUCAAACCGCUGGAGCAGGAGGGACGCAUGGAGGUGCUGUUUGCGUGUGCGGAGGCACUGUAUGCCCAUGGCUACAGUAAUGAAGCGUGCCGAUUGGCUGUGGAGUUGGCCAGCGACUUGCUGGCCAAUCCUCCCGACCUGAAGGUGGAGCAGCCACAAACAAAGGGUAAGAAGAGUAAGGUGUCGACCAGCCGUCAGACUCAGGUGGCCACCAACACACUGUCCAAAGCUGCCUUCUUACUGACGGUGCUGAGCGAGCGGCUGGAGCUGCACAACUUGGCCUUCAACAUGGGCAUGUUCUCUCUGGAGCUGCAGCGGCCCCCCGCCUCCACCAAAGCCCUCGAGGUUAAGCUGGCGUAUCAGGAGUCGGAGGUGGUGGCCCUGCUGAAGAAGAUCCCGCUGGGCGUGGUGGAGAUGAGUCUGAUCCGGGACCGGGCCGAACAGCUGCGCGACGGCAACUUCUGCGACUACCGACCCGUCCUGCCCCUCAUGCUGGCCAGCUUCAUAUUCGACGUGCUCUGCACCCCAGCGGUGUCUCCCACGGGCUCCCGCCCCCCCAGCCGAAACCGGAACACGGAGAUGCCGGGCGACGAGGAGCUGGGCUUUGAGGCUGCCGUGGCGGCGCUGGGCAUGAAGACCACAGUGAGUGAAGCGGAACAUCCCCUGCUGUGUGAAGGCACCAGGAGGGAGAAGGGCGACCUGGCACUGGCUCUCAUGAUCACCUACAAGGACGACCAGAGCAAGCUGAAAAAGAUUCUGGACAAGCUGUUGGACCGUGAGAGCCAGACCCACAAGCCCCAGACGCUCAGCUCAUUCUACUCCAGCAAGCCGGCGGCCGGCAGCCAAAAGAGCCCGUCCAAGCACUCGGCGGCCCACGCCCACGCCCACGCCCACGCUCACGCCUCCUCGCACUCGGCCUCGGCCGGCGCCACCGGCGGCAUCUCCAAGCACGCCGCGUCCGCCUCCGCCGCUGCCCCCGUGGCCACUGCCGGAGGCGCGGCCUCCUCCUCCCAGGGCGUGGCGGGCGGGUGUGCGCCCGGGCAGCAGGGGGCGCUAGGGGGUGCCGGCACAGUGCAGAACACCGCAGCGGUAGCUGCCGCAGCAGCAGGAGAGGCCAUCACGGGAGAGAGCAGGGAACAAGACGGAGCGCAGCCCUCCUCAUGUGAGCAGCCGAACGAGGCGGCCCCCUUCAAGCCAGAGGGCACGGUGCCCAGUCGCCUAGCGCUGGGCGGGCGAGGGGCCUACAGCGGCCGCUGUUGGGGCUCCCCCGUGCGGCAGAAGAAGAAGCACACAGGCAUGGCGAGCAUCGACAGCAGCGCCCCAGAGACCACCUCGGACAGCUCGCCCACCCUCAGCCGCCGCCCGCUGCGAGGGGGCUGGGCAGCCGCCUCCUGGGGGAGGGGUCAGGACAGCGACAGCAUCAGCAGCUCGUCGUCCGAUUCCCUGGGCUCGUCCUCGUCCAGCGGCUCACGCCGUGCGGGAGGCGGGGCCAGAGCCAAAAGCACCGACACCAGCAGGUAUAAAGGGCGUCGCCCCGAGUGCCAUGCACCGCACGUGCCCAAUCAGCCCUCGGAGGCGGCGGCUCACUUCUACUUCGAGCUGGCCAAGACGGUGCUCAUCAAGGCGGGCGGCAACAGCUCCACGUCCAUCUUCACGCAACCCUCGGCCAGCGGUGGCCACCAGGGCCCCCACCGCAACCUGCACCUCUGUGCCUUCGAGAUCGGCCUGUACGCGCUGGGCCUGCACAACUUUGUGUCGCCCAACUGGCUGUCCAGGACCUACUCCUCCCAUGUGUCCUGGAUCACAGGUCAGGCAAUGGAGAUCGGCAGCGCGGCACUCAACAUUCUGGUGGAGUGUUGGGAUGGCCACCUCACCCCUCCCGAGGUGGCGUCGCUGGCAGACCGGGCGUCGCGGGCCCGGGACCCCAACAUGGUGCGCGCAGCGGCUGAGCUGGCACUGAGCUGCCUGCCCCAUGCCCACGCGCUCAACCCCAACGAGAUCCAGAGGGCCCUGGUGCAGUGCAAGGAGCAGGACAACUUGAUGCUGGAGAAGGCCUGCAUGGCGGUGGAGGAGGCGGCCAAAGGCGGGGGCGUGUACCCUGAGGUGCUGUUCGAGGUGGCGCACCAGUGGUACUGGCUGUACGAGCAGACGGUCGGCGGCGGCUCGGGCUCCCAGCGGGAGGUGCCGGCGCGCUGCGGGGCCAACGGCGGCUCGGCCCGGAGGCAACAGGAGUCGGGCUGCAGCGUGCUGGAGGGCGGCGGCACCAUGGACCAGCAGAGCAUGGCGGCGGUCACGGCCUCGGUCACGGCGGCGGCCGUGGUGCCGGUCAUCUCGGUGGGCUCCACCAUCUACCAGUCGCACGCGAUGCCCGGCGCGGCCAUGGCGCACACGCAGGGCCUGCACCCCUACACCACCAUCCAGGCACACCUGCCCACCGUGUGCACCUCGCAGUACCUGGGCCACCCGCUCCAGCACGUGCCACGGCCCGCCGUCUUCCCUGUACCUGGGGCCGCCUAUCCACAGGGGAUGCACCCAGCCUUCAUCGGUGCCCAGUACCCAUUCUCAGUGGCCACUGGCCCCCCGAUGGCAGCCACCGCCGUCACAUUCCCAGGGGUCCCUGUGCCGUCCAUGACCCAGAUCACCGUCCACCCCUACCACACGGAGACGGGGCUGCCGCUCAGCACCACUGUAGCAGGUGGGGUGCAUUCAAGCUCUACCAUCCAGGCUAUUCCCGCCCUUCCGGGUCUCGCCUCCCAGCCCACCUCAUUGGUCAGCGCGCCCUUUCCUACGGAAGACGAACAGCACAGUCAGCCAAUAAGCCAGCAGGGUCUUCACUAUUUGCACUCAGCCUACAGAGUUGGUAUGCUCGCCCUGGAGAUGCUGGGAAGGAGGGCGCACAAUGACCACCCCAACAACUUCUCACGUAGCCCUCCCUACACGGAGGACGUCAAGUGGCUCCUGGGCCUGGCGGCCCGUCUGGGUGUGAACUACGUGUAUCAGUUCUGCGUGGGCGCUGCCAAAGGCGUGCUCAGCCCCUUCGUGCUGCAGGAGAUCAUCAUGGAGGCGCUGCAGCGGCUCAACCCGGCACACAUCCAUGCCCACCUACGGACGCCCGCCUUCCAUCAGCUCGUGCAGCGCUGCCAGCAGGCCUACCUACAGUACAUCCACCACCGUCUGAUCCACCUGACGCCGGCGGACUACGACGACUUUGUGAACAUCAUCAGGAGCGCGCGCGGGGCCUUCUGCCUGACACCAGUGGGCAUGAUGCAGUUCAACGACGUGCUGCAGAACCUGAAGCGCGGCAAGCAGACCAAGGAGCUGUGGCAGCGCAUCUCCCUGGAGAUGGCCACCUUCUCCCCCUGACCUCCCACGGAGACUCCGUCACCGUCACCACAACCACCACCACCACCACCAUCACCACCGCGGGCGUCACCACCGCUGCCAUGACACCGGGGCACAGAGAGACAUGUCCGCUCGCCACUCCCAUGGGCCCCCUUAU